GUUGAAUGUACGCGAUAUAGCUCUCUCUAUUCUUUAAGAGGCCAGGCUUCGAUUGAGUUAAUAUUGACUGGCCCAAGAUAUACCACCUUGAACAGAUACAAACUGGACUGGAACAUACUAAGGUGUGUGAGAAUCCCGGAUGUACCUCCACUACAUUCAUAGUCAAUUUUGUGUUUGGUCCAAUCUAUAGUUCUUAAAAAUAACCUUGGUAUUUAGUCCUGUGGGUCCCAUAUUCCCCUUUUCUAGCUUAAGGCGUGGUCACCCAAUCGAGUACUCAAAUUUCGUGCUAUGUCACCUUCAUCAUUCAUAACACUGGGCUUCGCGGUCACAGCCGUCUUCAUCUUCUGGACAUUAUCCGCAACGUCUUCCUCACCAUUUGCUCGUAAUUUCCCUCGAUUGUACAACAAGCGAAUAUGUCUUCUAAUAGCCCACCCCGACGACGAGGCCAUGUUCUUCGCACCGACAGUGCUGGCCUUAACCAAACCAGAACUGGGCAACCAUCUCAAGAUCUUAUGUCUCAGUAGCGGAGACGCCGACGGCCUAGGCCACAUCCGCAAAAAGGAGCUCCAAAAAAGCGCCGUGCAUCUGGGCCUCCGCAACGAGUCCGAUGUCCUCAUCGUAGACGACCCAGCCCGCUUCCCCGACAGCAUGAGCGCCACCUGGUCAGAAAGUGACGUCUCAUCUUUACUUGCCUCAGCCUUCGCCCCCGAAAUGGGCGAAGCUCAGCCCGGUUCUCGGAAACGAGGAGCAACGGGGGACAAACCGCCCAUCGCGACUAUCGAUGUGCUCCUCACCUUUGACAGGCAUGGUAUAAGCAACCAUCCCAACCACCGAUCUCUCUACCAUGGCGCUGUCCACUUCCUUCGUACCCUGAUGAAGGAUAAACCCGGGUAUACCUGCCCGAUCUCGCUGUACACGCUCACCACGACGAACAUCUUGCGCAAAUACAUCGGUGUGCUUGAUGCGCCAUUGAGCAUGGCGCGUGGGGCAGUCGAUGCUCUGUCCUCGAGCUUGAGAGGCUCGUCUCGCACCUCGAAGGAGGAUCCGCCUGCGAGGCUUCUGUUUGUUAGCUCUGUUGGUGAAUGGAUGACGGCGCAGUCGGCUAUGGUUAAGGCUCAUCAGAGUCAGAUGGUUUGGUUUCGAUAUGGGUGGAUUACUUUUGGUCGUUAUAUGGCGGUUAAUGACCUCAAGCGUGAGAAGGUUUAAGUGACCCAGGGAAUAGCGGCGAGCUGAAAGCUUAUGGCAUACAUCAAGGAUUUGGACAUUGCACCAUUCGAGUGAGGUCAAGCCCUGGUGCAUGGCUACUGCAGAUUCACAUAUAUGGUGAGUCAAGUAUGUAUUCUUUACGUCUUCAUCUAAACACAAUGGCAUCCUGA